AUGGGAGCGCAGAAACCAAGCUACGAGUUUGGCGGACCGUUGGGCGCCACCGCCAUCGUCUUCGGUCUUCCUCUACUCAUGAACGUCCUCUAUUUUGGCUGCAACGACGUUUCUGGAUGCCCGGCGCCGGCACUGCUGCACCCAAGUUCGCUGUCGUGGGCAAAGCUCAAGACGCAGAUCCCCUGGCCUGAAAGUGGGCUCCGGGGCUUCCUCAGCUGGAGAGUGAUUGCGUGGCUUGCCGCGUACUAUCUUCUCAGCCUCGUACUCUACCGCAUUCUGCCAGCGACUGAAGUGUAUGGCACCAAGCUGCGCGAGUCUGGCAAACCGCUCAAGUAUCGCUUCAAUGCUUUGGCAGCGACCAUGGUGCAGCUUGGCGCUUGUGCCGUCGGCACUUUGAUUUGGGGGGCCGAGUUCCCUGUCUGGAAGUUUAUCGCCGACAACUACCUGCAGCUGUUGACGGGCAACCUGCUGCUGUCCUACGUGAUCUCUGUGUGGGUGUACUUGCGCAGUUUCACUGUCAAGCUCGGCAACAAGGACAUGCGCGAGCUGGCCAAGGGAGGGCACACCGGCAACGUCAUCUACGACUUCUACAUCGGGCGUGAGCUGAACCCGCGCGUGACGCUGCCGUUCUUUGGCGAGAUCGAUGUCAAGGCGUGGCUCGAAAUGCGCCCCGGACUGACGGGUUGGAUUCUCCUGAACUGCUCAUUCAUCGCGAAGCAGGUUCGCCUGCACGGCUAUGUCAGCGACAGUAUCCUUAUCGUCGCGGCUGUACAGGGAUACUACGCCCUGGAGGGACAGUAUUUCGAGUCGGGCAUCCUGGGCAUGAUGGACAUUGUGCACGACGGCCUUGGCUUCAUGCUCACCUUUGGCGACAUUGUCUGGGUUCCCUUCCUCUACUGCACCAUGGCGCGUUACCUCUCCGUCUACCCCGUGCACCUUGGCUGGACGCGCAUUGCGGUCAUCGCGGCCGUGUUCAGCAUUGGGCUCUACAUCUUCCGCUCGGCCAAUAGCCAGAAGAACCGCUUCCGCACCAACCCCGACCACCCGAGCGUCAAGGACAUGCCGUACAUCCAGACGAAGCGCGGCACGCGCCUCCUCACAGGCGGCUGGUGGGGUCGCGCUCGCCACAUCAACUACUUUGGAGACUGGAUACAGUCACUUCCCUUCUGUCUCCCAACUGGUCUCGCGGGCUACGUGAUCGUCCCUGCCGGAACUGGGCUCGUCGGCGCUGGUGUGCGCACGAUGCUAGAUGGCCGCCAGGUCACUCAGGAGGGAGCUGCUCCGUGGGGUAUGCUCUUCACCUAUCUGUACUCGGCGUACUUUGGCUUCCUCCUCAUUCACCGCGAGAGGAGAGACGACAACAACUGUGCGGAAAAGUACGGUGAGGACUGGGAGAAGUACAGGAAGCAGGUGCCCUGGCGGAUCGUUCCGGGUGUUUACUAG